AUGGGAACAAUUAAAACAGCUGGUAAACAAAAGGCAACUGGGAUUCGUAGGUGUGUUGAGGAGAUUGUCUUUUCUUUCACUUAUCCUAGGCUUGAUAUGGAGGUUUUCAAACAAAGGAAACGUUUUACUGAAGGUACCAUUUUGCAUACACCCCAAAACAGGGUGAAGAUUACUUCAUCUAUAAUCAUAUAUAGUAAACCUGGACCUGGAUUGGAUGAUGUGACAAAUUUGUUUGUCAAAGGUCUAGCAUUCCCCCCUCCUCUUUACAGCUAUAGGAACUUUCUUGCUACACUUAAAACAUGUCCUUAUCGACAGGGCAUUGCUAUAAUUGGAUCUUUAAGCCAUUCAGGAUAA